CAAGCUAGAGAAACUAGCUAUGGAGAAACACAUUCUAUUUUCUCUAAUAUUCUUUAUAGUCGUCUUGACGAUACCAUGUACUACUUCCCAACUACAUGCAUGUUACCAGAAUGACCCUAAGACCAGCACCUAUGGUUUUUGUAACACUUCUUUAUCUUAUACAGACAGAGCAAAAGACUUGGUAUCACGCUUAAGUCUCCAAGAAAAAGUGAAACAACUAGUUAACUCAGCAACAGGCAUUUCCAGGCUUGGUGUGCCAGCUUACGAAUGGUGGUCUGAGGCGCUACAUGGGGUCUCAAAUACGGGGCCUGGAGUACGUUUCAAUGCGACAGUGCCUGGAGCCACCAGUUUCCCUGCUGUCAUCCUUUCAGCUGCUAGUUUUAAUGUUUCAUUAUGGUACACAUUAGGCCAGGUUGUAUCGACUGAGGCACGGGCCAUGCACAAUGUUGGCCUGGCUGGAUUGACCUAUUGGAGCCCCAAUGUGAAUGUGCUUAGGGACCCCAGAUGGGGCAGAGCUCAAGAAACACCAGGUGAAGACCCUCUUGUGGUCUCCAAAUAUGCCGUUAACUAUGUCCGAGGCUUGCAAGAAGUCGAUGGAGAAGACUAUUUCAGCAGUCAAAACAGGCUUAAAGUCUCCAGCUGUUGUAAACAUUACACUGCUUAUGAUCUUGAUAACUGGAAGGGCAUUGACCGAUUUCAUUUUGACGCCAAGGUGACAGCGCAGGAUAUGGAGGAUACUUUCCAGCCACCAUUUAAAAGCUGCGUAGAGGAGGGUCAUGUUAGCAGUGUAAUGUGCUCAUACAAUCGUGUGAAUGGAAUUCCAACUUGUGCUGACCCAAAAUUGCUCAAGGGAGUGAUCAGAGAUCAAUGGGGUCUAGACGGAUACAUUGUCUCAGAUUGUGAUUCUAUUGAAGUGUACUAUGAUAAAAUACGCUAUACUCGCACACGGGAGGAUGCAGUUGCCCUUGCUUUGAAAGCAGGUCUGAACAUGAAUUGUGGGGAUUAUCUAGGAAAGUACACAGAGAAAGCAGUGAAUUUGAGCAAGGUGGACAUGUCUACUGUUGAUCAGUCAUUGAUAUAUAACUAUAUUGUACUAAUGAGGCUUGGAUUCUUCGAUGGUGAUCCAAAAGUGCAACCAUUCGGAAACCUUGGACCAUCUGAUGUGUGUACCGAAGGUCAUCAAUCCUUGGGAAUUGAAGCUGCAAAACAAGGGAUAGUUUUGUUAGACAACAAUGGUGUACUUCCUCUGUCGCCAAGCACCAUUAAGAACUUGGCUCUUAUAGGUCCGAAUGCUAAUGCCAGUGGAACGAUGCUUAGUAUCUAUGCAGGGGUACCUUGCCGCUUCACUACCCCUUUACAGGGAAUGAAGAAGUAUUUAUCAAACAUAACAUAUGAGCCAGGAUGUGCAAAUGUUCAAUGCACUGAUGCAAGCCAAAUCGAGGCAGCAGCGAAGGCUGCAGGUGCGGCUGACAAUGUGGUGCUUGUUGUAGGGCUCGAUCAAUCCAUCGAGAGAGAAUCAUUGGACAGAGUGAACUUGACAUUGCCAGGAUUUCAAGAAAAGCUUGUAACAGACGUGGCUAAGGCAACGAACGGAUCAGUCAUUCUAGUAAUUAUGUCAGCCAGUCCUAUUGAUGUCACCUUUGCCAAGAAUAAUAGAAAGAUUGGGGCAAUUUUGUGGGUUGGCUAUCCUGGUCAAGAUGGUGGUGAUGCCAUUUCUCAAGUCCUCUUUGGAGAUUAUAAUCCAGGUGGGAGGUCUCCUUUCACUUGGUAUCCUCAGGAAUAUGUUGACAAAGUGCCAAUGAGCGACAUGAACAUGAGAGCAAAUUCUAGUAGAAACUUUCCUGGAAGAACUUACAGAUUCUACAAUGGAAAACCAAUCUAUACAUUUGGCCAUGGACUAAGCUACUCGACCUUUUCCUCAUUCAUAAUUUCGGCGCCUUCCACCAUUGUCAUAAAACCAAAGAAAAGAUAUGUCUCAGAUACCAACUUAACUGCCCAAGCCAUUGAUAUUUCAACCAUGGAUUGCCAGAAUGUAGGGAUAAACAUCACAGUUGGGGUCAAGAAUAAUGGCAAAAUGGAUGGAUCCCAUGUUGUCCUAGUGUUCUGGAAGCCGACUAAUAUGACUGGAGCGCCUAAUAUACAGCUGGUGGGAUUUGGAAGAGUCUGGGUGAAGAAAGGGAAGACAGAAACAGUGACAAUAAAAUUGGAUGUGUGCAAGGAUUUCAGCUUAGCUGAUGCACAUGGGAAGAGGAAGAUAGUCUCAGGGCUACAGACUAUAAUGGUUGGUUCUUCCAGUGAGCGCCAAGUUAGGCAUCAGUUUAACAUAAGGGUGGCUACAAAAGAAGAAGCUAAGAUGGAGCUGUAAUUUAUGUCUUAUUCUUAACAGACAUGCAUAUAUAUACAAUGUGUUUAAAGUAGCUGGUGCACACCAAUGUUAGUCUUAGAAGAGAGGAGUGCUUAUAUCUAGAUAUCUGUGAAAUGGGAAGUAUACUAGAUAGAAGAUCAUUGCUGACAUCUAUGAAAUAGCAAAUUAAUGUAGUGCAAUAUCUAAUAAAAUUAUAACUUGUGAUUUCUAUUGUA